AUGACGACUUUAGUUUAUCGUCCACACUUUGUGGAAAACCACAUUGCUUAUCAACAUGAAAUUAAUGAACAUUUUCAAGGUGGUUUAGUUGAUAUGAUGUUAUCAACGAAUCCACCACAAGUUGAUUUAAAUGCACCCAAACCCAGAGCCAGACCCGAACCCGAAUUUGAAUCCGAACUCGAAUCUGAAUCCGAAACCAAACUUGAAUUCCUUACACAUGAAGAACCUGACUUGUUUACAUCCUUAAGCGAAUUACAAGAACAAAGACCUCAAAUUCAAUCUGUUGGUUUUCAAGUAGUAGAGUUUUUUGGGAAUGCAAAUGUUGUUAAUAUUUUUUCACCCAAAUGGAUGUAUCACUGUGGGGUUCAAAUUACCAUCCAAUAUAUCGAGACUUCCAUUACCGACGACCAAGAGGAGACGAUCCUACCUCAAUUCCGGAAUUUUUACCCAUUUAAGGUUGUGUUGCUGUUGGAGUUGUUACCGGAGUUGUUGCCGGAACUGUGGAAUUUCUGCCGGAAAAUUUUGAAAUUAGACUACCACAGGCUGUAUAUGGGGUUUAGUUGGGCGAUACUCUUGUACGUGAUGGCAGAUGUUAUGGGUUUAGGACAUGGAGGUGAUGGAGCCGAGGAUCCACCACCUCCCGUAGGCUUUGGUCGUGGUCAACACGAACAGGAUGCUGAGCUCCCUAAAAAAAGAAGAGGCCUAGCAAAAAACAUUCAACUAUCAAAGAUAAUAAGGGCAAACAAGGGAAAGCCUGAUGUUGAACCAGACUCCGAUGAGGCCGUUGUUUCCUCCGGUGAGGUCUUUGUUUACUCCGGGGAAUCAGUUGUCGAACAAGUAAAGAGUCUUGAGACUCCGGUAGCUCCAAAGCUCACCUGGGAUUUUUUUGAUGAGUUUGAUGGAGAUUAA